UUCAUCAUCAUCUCACCAGUGUCAUUUCCACCCCUUGAAGUCACUUUGCGUGAGAUAACCAGCUGAGAACAUGGUGAUGAGAGGCGGCAAGAGCAGCGUCAAGACCAUGGCAGUGAUGCUUGCAGUUGUGGGUCUUGUGGCCCUGCAGCAAACACAGCGAGUGCAAGCUAGCGUGUGUUGCUGUUUAGACCUGGCGGUCCCUGUGUACUAUACAUGCCGCGGCUCUUCUGGUACCAUGUCACAGUGUUGCCCUACGUGUGGUGGCUAUGUAUCAGUCGGUGGAUGCAGGCCCCCAUAUGUCCCCAUAUCUGGCUACCGCACAACAGCCGUCAACUACUGCAAGCUGGGGUGCACGGCUUCCGUGUGCAACAAAUUAAUUCCAUCUGCAGUUGUUGGCAGUGGCAACGAAGGAAAAGAUGCCAUGGAACGUUGUACCAGUGGAUGUCAUGAUCUGUGCACCAAGAGCAGCACUGACAUUGCAAAAGUCCACAAUGCUUAACUAGUUAAGCCAUGGAACUAGAUGUCAAAAGCCGGCCAAGGCGUGUUUAUGUUAUCUUCAAUAAUUGGGUGUCACAUCCAAUAUCAGUAGGAUGUCAAAUGUUACUUGUGAUACAAAUUUACUAUUUCCAAUAAGGUUAAUGAGAUGUGCAAUGCAUCUUCCUAGGAGGAUUAUGCUGCUCAUCAUCUCAUCUGAAUGUUUAUGUUGUAUCCUUGGCUUAUGACAUGAUGACUUCAUGCUCUUAAUGAAAUGUAGUUUUUUGUGAAUUA